AUGUCCGAGCACGCGAAGAUUGACCUGCCCCUCGUUAUCGACGACCAACAAGAGACCAGCGCUUUCCAACCGAAUGUUGUGAUUGAACAACCUGCAUCUACUGUCAAGAACACUAUCCCAACGGUUGAACGACCUGAAGUAGAGGAGGUCAAGCUGCAUGGCGACCAGCUGGGGGCUGACUCAAGCAGCCAGAGUAUACAUGCAACCGAACCGAGACUCUCGCGUCGUACAACUUCUAGCAACAAUAUUCUUGGUGUACAAGGCCCAAAGGCAAACCCAUUCUGGUUCGAGGAUCCAGAAGAGAUUCUUCGUGAAGCAUCUGCACGACUACGUCGAUCUCGCUCUUUCGCCAAACCAAGAAACACACCGGAUGCAGCACCAUCGUCCAAGAUCGCGGUACCGGUCGUCCAGAACUCUAAGAUCUGGGACACUGCUACAUCUUCCCCUCUGUCCAGCCUACAUACAACUCCUGAGCCUGAUAUGGAGCCCAUUUCAUACACCCGGUCACCUCAAGCACCUAGUAGAUCGUCUCCUGCUCCUAUUCCGCAAGCAGAUGGCUCACCGGAACGCAAACCUUUGCGCGGAUCACGUCGCGGCAACGAAACCCCGUCACCAGUGAAGCUCACUUCAAAUCUGACGACACCCCAACUUGCGCGCCACGAACCCUCUACACCGCAAUCCUCAGCUACGAAGAAACGCAAGAACCUUCACCGCACCUUACCCAAGGAGCCUCGCAGUCCCACACGUCUGAAGACGAACAGCAACCCACCGCUGAACAGACAUUGUGUCAUCGCGUUUGCGGAGAGCAAGGACAAGAAGAACAAACAGGGCAUUCUGAGGCAGGUGAAGAGUGAGAGGCAGGGAGUGUUCAGCGAGAACGAUGUCGUCUUUGCGGCUAGGUUCUUCGUGGAGGAAUGA